GAGUGUGUGACACUGAGUGAGUGAGAGAGAUGGCGCUGUGUUCAGUUCAGUCGUCUCACAGGCACAGUGUGAGGAAACUUCGCCAGGCAACUUUAUUAAGACUUUCUACUCUCUAACAGCACACGGAUUACGCCGCCUCAUAAGGAUGUGACUCCAGACGACGGUCCAAAUGUGCGUUUCUGGAUUGUUACACUGACACACAAAUCAGAAAUCGGCGGAGCGAGUGAGUUUGCGGAGUGAACGAGUUUUUUCCCCCGCGGGAUCAAUGGCGCUACAUAUGUGAGAAAACGCACAAAGAAUGCGACUGGCUUUGAAAUCACGCUGCUUGUGAUUCUGAAGUACUUUUGCGCAUGAAACUAUGAACGAUCCGGAGCUCACGCCGACCUCCAAGGCGCUACAGCGAAUGGCUUCGUCUUUGCACGGGGAGGAGAGCGCUCUGUCCGGCAGCGUGUGCAUCCCCGAGCGCAACGGGAUUUUCUUCAUCCAUUGCUUCAUCUGUGGGAGCGGAGUGACCCCGGGAAAAGAGCUGAGCUUACAGGUAAAAUACCAACGAGAAAAGGAUAGCGCGUUUUUCCCUUUCCUGCAAGGCCAGGACCCGGCUCCAGGCGCGCCGGAGAUCGGUCCGGAUGGGGACGCUCUGGUGUGCGCCGUGUGCCACUGCUUCCUGCGCGAACAGUGGAACUCAUUCGAGCGCAACAGGACGCCCAUAGAAAAGCGCAUGUACUGGCUCAAGAGACCAUACCAGUGCGAUUUACGGAACAUUUCCUACGAUCUUGAGCGCAGAAUGAGCGUUAGUAAUUAUGACGGCAAUGAGUCGGACAUGUCCUCCUUCUCUGAUAAUGACUUGUCCGAGCAGGACUUGGACCUGUCAGCGUGCAUGAAUAGCAGUAAUGCCACAGGUUUCCGUGCGUCUAAUAAAGCCUCAAGAGAAGGCGGUAGAAAGAGCGCAAUGAGUGUUAAAAGCAGUCCUGAGUCAGCGCGAUAUCCAACCAGAGUUUACACAGCUCAGGACGUACCCAAAUCAGAUCGGCGUGCGACUAAAAUGAUCAAUCACAUAUCGCACUCAUCUGUGUCCAUGGCUGUCCAGCAGUAUGACAGUCAGUCUGUGCGCACACCCCUGCAGGAUAACGGCAUCAUUACGUGUAAUAAGCAGUGGAUACAUGCGUCCACCGGUGAUUUGGACGUGACUGACAGCUGCGAGAUUAACAUCACCAGUGAUGAUGAGAGAGACUUUGAUGUAGAGCGCAGUCAAGCUGUUAAAUGUCACUCCAGUCUUUCUGCUGACGAAUGCGUCUGUUAUAUUUGUGGAAUCAAGCUUUCAGCAGGGGGCCGCUUCAGAGUGUUUGUGCAGAAGCAGGAGAGAGCAUCCAGCGAACCAUUCUUUCCUUUUCUGUGGCUCCACACCCCUCCACCUGGUGCUGUGCCACUCAACCUGGGUGGAUAUACUCUGGUUUGUACCACUUGCCACUCUUCCCUGAUGCAACAGUGGCGAGGGUUCGAGCUAGCAGAUGUGCCUGUUCUCCAGCGACUCUAUGUAGUGCCCCUCAACGCUGGUGCUGCAACCCCUCUUUCUCCACCUGCCAUGAAUGAAUGUGUGGAUGGAUUACCAAAAAUGCACCCACUCCCCUCCAUGCCACAGAAUCACAGGGAGGCCUGCUACCUAUGUGGGAAGGACUGCGGUCGAGAGGUCAGGACGGCAUUUACCCAUGCUGGUGCAAGUAAAUCCCGCAGUGCAAUGUAUUUCCCAUUCAUAAACCAGCUACAAUGCCCUCCAAAUGCUCAGAGUGUGCGUAAUGGACAGGUACACUGCUGUGUCGCAUGUCACAGCAUCUUGGAGGGGGUCUGGGCAGAGUACUGUCUCUGUCUAAGUGAGGAGCUCAUUACUUCCGUCAGCAUGUUCCGUGAGAGAUACCACCUGGCCAUGGGAAGGGGAGGAGUCUUGGUAUCCCCCCCCAGAGGACCUCUGUCGACCCUUUCUCAGAAUGUCAUAACAACCACAAGCCACACCUCAAUCUGUUACUUGUGUGGAGAGGAGCUCUCUGGAGGAACAGAGUAUCAGCUUCAUGUUAACCCUCCGGGGCGUUGUGGAGAGCGAGAACCCUUUUUUCCUUUUCUAACUGUCCACCCUCCCGCUCCCCGUGCCCGCCCUGCUGAUGCCACGGGCCUUGUUUCUGCCUGUGCACUGUGCUACCAUGACCUUCUGGGCCAGUGGACCCAACAUGAGAGUCAGGGCUCAGGAUCAGGCCCGUCCAGCAGCCCCUGGGCACGCCAGUAUAACUGCAACACAUUCAUCUGCUUCUUCUGUAGGAAAGAGAAGAAGAGACAUCUUGGGCUGAAAGCGGUGUGCGUUGACCGCUUGCCUGUGUUCCUCUAUGCUCCAAGGGUCAGCCAGACCCUGGUAAUUGACAAUGGCAAGCAGUUAACAAUUGGCUCCUGUGUGGAUUGUAAGUCCAUGGUUCUGGCUGGACAGAACAUGAAGCCGGUCGGUGGAAUUGCUCAACACAAGGGAUUAGAGUGGCCACAUGUUGGCCGGCGGAGGUUCGCUGUGGCUCCAGGCAGGCGCGCGGGCGCUGUUGCUCAUGGUAACUCGAUCGCUGGCGGCCGUGAAGCUGUUUGAUUUAUUCCCCAGCUCCAGCAGAUGGCUGCAACAGAAGUUUGUUUAAGUUCACUUCAUAGCCGGGCUGGCUGCCAGGACAGAGUCUCGCACACACAAGAAGAGGAAGAGGGGGCUGGAAGCUGAACACAUGCCAGAAGAAUGUUCAGUGACUCCGGGUGUCUAACCACACCACUUACCCCCUUCCAACCUCACACACAC